GAGGCAGAUCUUACUUCAAGAUAAGGAAGAACUUUCCUGACAUACCUGACAGCCCCGACUGUCCUCGGAUGGGAUGAGCCGCCUUGGGAGAAAGGCUACUCCCCUUCUCUGCAGGCAUGUACAGAUGCUGAAGAAACCCCUGGAGAGGCUGCUGAGGAGGAAGCCGGAGCCCAGAAUGAGGUGUUGGACCAGAGAAACCUCGAGGCCUCUCCUGACCCUAAGCUUUUAUGAUUCUUCAAGUAUUUGUUCAAAUGUGCAGAGCCCUGACUGUUGGUUCUUUAUCUCACUUCCUUCAUUUACUCAUUGAAUCCAUCACUUAAGAGAAACCCAUUCAAAUCUUCUGCAUCCUUCUUAUUCCUCGACGAUGCCCCUGAGCUUCGCCUUCCUUCUCCAACACUACCUCCACCUUCCCUCUCCUUCACCUUGGUCCCCUUGGACCUGACACCCCCCCCUCCAAGCACACACACAGUGGGACUAAGGUGCAAGGAACUGGGCCCUUGGAGGCUCAGGUAAGAGUUCUCAGCAUCCACAUUGGACUUUCCAAUGCAAACUUCUUGGUGCUUCACACAGGUCAUGUCCCUGGUAGGGCUGCAGAAAACCGGAAGAGCUGCGGGGCUUCCCAGAGAAGACCUUGCAGCAUAUGGUAGCAAAAGGCAUCUGCAUCCUGAACCUCUUUCCCAAGCUGAGUUGAGCCCUUGAGGUGGGGGCUGUGGAGAUAAAGUCUUGGUCCCUGAACCCGCCCAACUCAACUCAGUUGACUCUCUUUUCUCCUCAGCCCUCAUAGGAAGUGGGCAUUUUUCCAUUUCUGAAUCCAGAGGCUCAGACGCCCGGGAACUCUCCUAAAGAAACUAUGCGAGGCAGGCCUGGCAGCUAGGGCAGGAGCCCCAGCUCACGGUCCUUCCCCAGCCCGGACUUGGCCGUGGCUCCCUAGAGUGUGUAUCCGCUGUGCUGUUUUUCAGAAGAGUAUGAAGAACAGUACUCAGAGGCCAGACUCCUGGGGCAGACCUUCCGCUCUGCUGAUGAGGCCCCCGAGCCCACCCCCAGCCCAAGGCCCCAGUCUGCCAGGCGUCUGGAGUUUGUACUGAUGGUGAGUUGCCUCUUUCCCCACCUGGGAGAGCCAGCAUGCCGAGCUCACCCCGCGCCCACUGACGGGGGACCUGGAACUGCUUACGUUACCCACUGGAAACUACCGCUCACCUCUGCUCCCCAGCGGAGCCACCCUGAGGCCCCACCAAGAUGGGCCCAGCAGCCUGUCCACGCCUUCUUGCCUCCCAGAGGAAGCCUCCAACUGCCCCGCCUAGACAGCCAUCCUGUGGGCACGGCUCAUCUCCAGCUGGGAGCACACCCUUCCCAUCACCUUCUUUCCCAACAGCCUACAAAAUGGCAGCUGAACGAGGAUGAGACCACCACGCAGGGUGUGAGGGCCCCUGAGGCCUCCCUGAGCCCGACUACGGACAAGCAAGCUGCCUGGAAUAGCCCCUUCCCUCUGCCUGUCCUAGAGGAGAAGCGGUGGCUUCAGCCUUGCCCCAUGCACUCUGACAUCGUGCCCAUCAACGUCUCUGGGCAGCAGUUUGAUAAACACGCAAGUUUGCGACAGUCGUUGUUUAACACAGAGACAGCCGUGAACCCCAAGUCCACCCUGAGGCGGAGGCGGACCAUUAUUGGAUUCUCUAACUAUUCUCAGCGAGACCAAGGUCACAGCAACAGCCCAGCAGGCAGUGUGGCCUGCUCCACCACCUCGGACAUCAGGCCCAGUCAUUCAGUUCCAGAGGGUGUUCAUGGAAGAGUUGCAGUUGGACAGGAAACUCGGUUCCCACAUCUCACCUCGCCAGUACUGAGAAAUCCUUCUAGUGACCCAGAAGAACUUCUCCAGUCUCGUGGUGGCACAAAACCCCCCGGCAUGGAGGGCAUGGGGAUGGUGUACAGCGUCCCCAGUUCUUGCAAUGGACCAACGGGAUCAACGUUCUCCACUUCCUGGAAGGGAGAUGCUUUUACCUACAUGACUCCAAGUGCCGCCGCUCAGAGCAGUCAAGUCAGUGAGAAUGGAAAAAGUCCUUCCUCUGGGAAUUCUUGGGCCUCUCUGCACACACUGCCACCUCUGGUUCCAAAGGAGGCUGCUACCCUCUUUGUCACUCGAGAUACCCCGGCAGGAUGCAGUGGGUCUGCUGGCUACUCUGAGCAUCCUACUCAACGAAGGCAGGUAUCAGAACGACCCUCCAAGGUCAGCCUUCUGACGGGUGGUACCUCGAAGCUGGAGACAGGCCCAGGUGGGGCCAGCAGGUUCCGGGAGCGGUCACUGUCUGUGCCCACAGACGCAGGCACCACAGACAUGGACUACGAGGAAGAACAGAAGGUCAGUGAAGCAUGUGCCCUGCCUUAUGCCAGUACAAGUUCGGAGGGCAGUAACAGUGCGGACAACAUUGCCUUCCUCAGUGUCCAACAGGAGGCCCAGCACAGGAGGCAGAGGUCCAAGAGCAUCUCACUCAAGAAGGCCAAAAAGAAGCCUUCCCCUCCAACUCGCAGUGUCUCAUUGGUCAAAGAUGAGCCAGUCCUCUUGCCGGAAGGUGGGUCAGCACUACCCAAGGACCAGAGGCCCAGGAGCCUUUGCCUCUCCUUGGAACACCAAGGACAUCAUGCAUCCCACCCCGAUGCUCAGGGUCACCCAGCUGUGCCAACCUUCAAAGACCCAGAAGGUGCACAAUUCGCUCACCACUGGUAUCUCACUGACUGGAAGUCUGGGGACACCUACCAAUCCUUGUCUAGCUCCAGCACUGCCACUGGCACCACGGUCAUUGAAUGCACCCAGGUGCAGGGCAGCUCCGAGUCUCUGGCCUCCCCUUCCACCUCCAGGGCCACGACACCUUCCCAACUUUCCAUCGAGGUGGAGGCCAGAGAGGUGUCUUCCCCAGGAAGGCCUGCUGGGCUGAUGUCACCCUCCAGUGGAUAUUCCAGUCAGUCGGAGACACCCACACCUACUGUCUCCAUGUCCUUGACCCUGGGCCACCUGCCCCCUCCAAGCGGCAGUGGCCGGGUGCGUCCAGUGGUACCUGAGAGGAAGUCAUCGCUGCCCCCGACCUCACCAAUGGAGAAAAUGUCCAAGUCACGGCUCUCUUUUGACCUACCCUUGACCUCUUCGACCAACCUGGAUCUGUCAGGGAUGAGCAUCUCUAUCCGAAGCAAAACCAAGGUCAGCCGGCAUCACUCAGAUACAAAUUUUGGGGCCAAGCUGGCCCAGAAAACUAGCCCAAACCAGCCAAUCAUGCCCAUGGUUACACAGUCUGACUUACGUUCUGUUCGCCUGAGGUCCAUCAGCAAAUCUGAGCCGGAAGAUGACAUCGAGAGCCCUGACUAUGCCGAGGAGUCAGGAGCAGAAGUCUUGACCUUGCCAGAGAGAAAGAUGAAACCUCCCAUAGCCGAGAAGCCCCCACUGACCCGAAGGCCACCAAGCUUGGUCCACAAGCCACCGUCUGUCCCCGAGGAGUACCCACUAACUUCACCUACCUUGGCUUUGACCCCCAAAAGCUCAAUUCAGCACAUGAGGCCACUCCCUCAAGACAUCUACACGGUGGUGCGGAAACCAAAGUCCUCCAGCUGCCCUGAGGGCAGAAGCCCAGGGGAGUCGACAGCACCCUCACCUCUUGUUUUCAUGCCUUUUGCCAGUUCCUCUGGUGCUUUCUUCUCAGGAACACAGCAACCUCCCCAGGGAAGUCCGGAGGAGGAGGGCCCCAAGGGGAGAGCCUUGCCUGAAAGAAUCAGCCUCCAGAGCCAAGAGGAAGUUGAGAAAAAGAAAGGCAAGAUCCCACCUCCCGUCCCAAAAAAGCCCAGCGUGAUGUUCCUGCCUCUCACCUCACCCACAGCUCAAAUGGAGGCCUACUCGGCUGAACCAAGGCUGCCUCUCAGCCCCAUCAUCACCCUGGAGGAAGACUCCAAGGGUCUCUCAACCGGUGACCACCUGCAAUUGGCUGGUACAAGGACAAUUUCCCUGCCGCAGGCUGACAGUGAAAGGGAGGCAAGCCCUCUGGGGAGUUCGGGAGAACCAAGCACCGAAGAAAAGAGUGUAAUCAGUGAUAAAACAGCCGAAUGGAUUGCGGAAGAUGAUGAUGAUGUGUUUGUGGCUUCACGCACAACUGAAGAUUUAUUUACUGUGAUACACAGGUCCAAAAGAAAGCUGCUUGGCUGGAAGGAGCCAGGUGAGGCCUUUGCCAGCAGCAGCAGACCGAGCUCCCAUUCACCAAUAAGGAACACGGCUGAGUCUCCCACCAGUGAGUCGGCUGCCCCUGCAGGGUCAAGUGGUGGUGCCAACCUAGAUGCUGGCAGAAACGAUGAUUUCAAGGCCUUGCUGCAGAAGAAGGGAAGCAAGGCAACUCCAAGGUCCCGCCCCUCAGCAGCCGAACUGCUGAAGACCACUAACCCGCUGGCUCGGCGAAUUAUUGCACAGUUCUCAAAAGACUACGAAACCACCGAUAACCCCGUGGUAUGUACCAAGAAAAAACUCUCAGAUGCAGGGGCACAUGUGCCAUUUUUUCAGUUAGUGACCAGGCUGCUCCAUUCCUGGCUCCUGUCACAGAGGGGCUCAGUGAGGGAGCAGAUUGGGGGCUGCCAAACCCAGGGGACACAGGGUGCAUUGCUGAUUAUUCACUUUCCCAGAGAGGCCUUGAUGGCCCUGCGUGGAGAAACAGAAGGACUCGGAUGCCUCUUCAAGUUUAACAGUUUAACUCUCCUCUGCGAGAGGUUUGCAGAAAAUGUUCUGCAUGCGAACGCAGCAUCGUGCUCAUUGUACAAGUUACCCGACACUCGUCUCCUCCUCCAUAUGUAUGAUGGUGAAGAAAUAGCAACAUGUAUGUUCUUACCUCUCCUGAUCAAUUGUAAAUUACAAAUCUUUUCAUUAAUUUUUAAAUGAGAUAUAUUUACUCUGGUUAGCAGUUAAAAAUUUAUUCUUUUUAUUAUAUUUCAUUGCUACUUUUUUCUACUGACUCCAAAGCUUACUUUGGUGAAUAUUUCUUAUUUCUAGAUUGUUGUAUUUAUCUUAUUUCUAUAUUUAUCUAUAGUCACAGAAUGUUAGAGCUGAAAGGGACCAACCUCUCAUUUUACAAAUAAAGAAACUGAGGCCCCCAAAGUCAAUUAACUUACACAAGGUCAUGCAGUGGCAGGGCCCAGCCUCAAUCUCAGCUCUCCUGCUUCCGGGCCCAGUGUUUUUCAUCUAAAGCACUGCAUUUAUAGAAGACCCAUAGCCGGCUUCUACUUUUAUGACACACUAAUUUCCCAGGUAUUUCAGCAGACAGUAUGUAUGCUUUAAGGAAAAUGUUCAAGAGUUCUUUAGUUCAUGGAUCCAAAUAUAAAUCUGGAUUUUUGGUUUAGAAAUGUUCAUUUCCCUCCGAAUUCAAUAUAUGUGCCCUACUCUAUGGAGUGGAUAUUUUCCCUAAAAGUUAUUUGCAAAAUGAAUUUUUAUAGAGCAUAUUCCAUUUUUUAAUAGAGAAACUUCCUAUGUAAAGGAAUCUUCUGGUGACUUCUUUUGAAAAACAAAAAAUCCUCUUGUCAAUGCCCCGUAAUGUCUCCACUUCUUCUCAGUGUGAACUUUUGUGAUUGGUAUUUAUUUCAAGCAGAGCUAGCCAAUAUAGGCUUUCCUAGAAUCUACUUUAUCCUUCCCUUCUUAAACUUUCUAAGAUCAUUUCAGACUUUUAGAUGCUCAUGAGACACUGAAUUGAGUUCCAGAAGCCUCACCCAACGAAAUUUUGUCAAUCCCUGGGCUCAAACUCUAUCUCCAUUUUCUCAAACCAUGGCAGAAUCCCCUAAGCAGUAUGAGCUCUGCAUGUGGUCUCUUUUCCAGAACAUCCUUUACCUAAUGCAAAGAAUGACUAGUAUGACUCUCUCUUUUGCUUAUUGUCAGGCUUCCUUCCAUAGCUCCUGUGUACCUCAGUAGUCUGGCUUAGUGGACUUGCAGGCAGUGCAACUCAUAUGGAGUGGUGUUCUCGUCCUUCUCCCGGACCUCCCCUGGUUUCCCUUUCAGGAAUACUCAAGACUGAUGGGAUGUUUCUCAUCAUCUAGACCAGAGGUAGACAAACUUUUCCUGUAAAGGGCCAGAUAGUAACUCUUUUAGGCUGUGUGGGCCACGGAUGACCUCUGCAGCAUAGUCUUCUUCUUCUUCGUUGCUGUUAUUUGUUUGCUUGCUUGCUUUACAACACUUUAAAAAUGUAAAUACCGUUCUUAGUUCUCGGGCCAUACAAAGCCGAAGACUGGAUGUGGCCCGCUUGUCAUAGUUCGUUGACUGCCAGUCCAGCCUAUCUCAUGUGAUGGGCGUCUUUGUGACCGAACCCACUUGAUGACUGGGUUGUGUGCUGGAUGAUAUGGCUCAUUGACGUCCCAUCGGCCACGCUGUCAGACCAGCCUGCACAGAAGUGGGUGGAGAGGGGCUGCACGUGCUAACCAGCACUCCUCGACAGCUGCCCUCUGGUUUUCUCUCCAUCUCUGUUUCUGUCUCUCUGACUACCUCAGUCUAGAAACCCUCAUUAUUUUCUCCAGAUCUCCUGGCCUGGUUAUCCAGUAUGCCUCUGCCUCCUCGAGUAUGGGAUGAGCCUGCAGGAAAGAAUGGAUUUAUGAGCUCUAUUAUUUCUCUUGUCCCAAACGGUGGGUGGGGAACCCUGCCAUGGAUCAUCUGUCUCCCUCUGCCCCAUACUGCCAUCGCAAGUUCAGGGCUGUCUGAAAAGCCUGGUGGCCCAGGCUGUGAGAUUCUGGUUCAGUCUACAAUUUCCUAGGGAAUUCAUCAGUUCUCUUGGUUCCAGUGGCUGGUUUAAAACCCAGAAUGUCCAUGUGUCCCUUUUCUUUUCUUUUCUUUCCAGGGCACACCUGCAGCAUGUGGAGGU